UCAACUCGCAAACCUCCCACAUGCGAAAACGGUCACUAUCACGCAAGCAACUAUAGAAACAAAACAAGAUACCAAUGUCAAAUCUUUUGCAGAACCUACGCAGGACAAUAGCAUCCCCCGACCAACAAGUCUCACGCUGACUCCACAAACAGCAGCCGCAACCAAACACAAUGACCCACAGUCGCACACUUUUCCUACGGCCCCCAGGACAGGAACUGUACCUGCCGUCGCACGACCUCGCAAUGCAACCAAAACCAACACACACAAAAAGACUGUGUCCUUUAAUUCUGCACACGUGUCCACAGAAGUGCCCCCACCUAGAAUGCAUAGUGUCCAAAAGGUGCACCCGACAAACGCGGCACAAGUAGACACGGCAACAAACGCAUGCCUUCAAAUAUCUAAAAAAAAAUGUCCCGACUCGAAAAUAACCAGCGCGUCAGAAUCGACCCUACGCCACCUCAGCAUUGUUGCUGCAGAGAGCUCUUUGAAUAAACACGCUGCAUCAAAUCGAGCGACUCCACAAAUCCACUUGAUUAAAACAAAUUCCGAGCCUUUAAUUCAUGAAUCUACCACUAAAUCCCAACAGUCUCGACUUGGCUUGACUUCCGGUGUGACUACCAGUUCCACAUCUGCAAGUACCAGCUUGAAAAAGUCAUCCGUCAGUCUUAAGGAAGUUCCGUCUACAGUAAGCUUAUCAUCUUGUGUGUGGACAGAAAACCAAAGUAAUGAAGUGAGACAUAUUGAAACACCGCGCACAAAUAAACCCAGUCACAACGAUCAGUCUGUGGUCUGUACCUUAUCCAAUCAGGAAAAUGACUCCAAAACAAACCCACUCACAUUAUCCAGGCUGCUAACUGUGUCAAAAAAACAUAGCAGGGACACUGAUGCCCGAACAAACAAUCCCGAAUUGAUAAUGAAUAUCAGUACUCAGUUGCAUACUGAUAAACACAAAUUAAGCGAGAAUGUAAGCAAUGAAUUUGUUGCGCACGAGUCAAAGCAGCAUGAAAAUUCGAAACCAUCACACGUCGCUAAGCUUCAGAAUAUAAUUUCCUUAAUCGAGUCGAGCAGCCACGUAAACACAGAGCAACAUUAUCAAGGAUGCACAAAAAAUGAACACGAGGGACACUGUGAUCCUCCCCCACUAGUACACACAGCCCAAGAGACACAUGCAAAAACAGAACUAUUUGCCCUGGCGGCAUCAAGCACGCAUACAAAAAUUGAAGCUGAAUCUAGUGCAGAUAAUCCACCACAUUACAGUUACUCAACAAUCUCAACAGCACAAACAAACUUCAUGAGCUCAUCCGCAGCAAACAGUAAAGGCCAAGUUGACCAUGUCGCGCAAAUCCGAGUCCACCGACAUUCAGACUCACAUUCAAAGCUUUCCAUGACUGCACCUGUGCCAUUUCAAAACCACGGAGGCCCGGAAUGUAAUUCAAUUACGCCCCCAUCAACAUUGCAACCAGUCCCCCCUCCCUGCCUCCGGUCCUCUGAGAUGGAGUCAACACUAAGUCCUGCUCCGACCCAGCUUUGCCCAGUGGACUUCAGUCUGACUCGCUCCCACCCGACGGAUGCAGCCACGCUGUUGCCACUUUCACCCUCACAGUGCUGGAAACCAGCCAUCCUGCAGCAGGAGCUGGAGACAGUGGAGGCCAGUCUGUCAGCCAACAAGGACCGUAUCACCACUCUGCUUAACAUCAUCCAUGACCUCGAGACGUGCCACACUCCCACAAGUGGUCGGCGAUGCUUCAAAACUGGACAGGACGUCAAAACCUGCUCAAGCUGCCAGAAGACCGCUUGUAUAAUAUACAGCGUGGAGUACGACUUCAGGCAGCAGGAGAGACGCUUCUCGGAGGUUCUGAAUUUUUCAGCCAGAAGAAACAACGCUUCCUCCACUCACCUAUCCCAACCUUUUAACUUUAGCCUGCUCCGAAAUGUCAUCACCAAGAACUUAACAAAGUCAAAAGUGAAGAGCAAAAAGCUGUGCAGGACCAUGUUCAAGUGGCUACCUAGGAAAAUCCAGCAGGCGUAGACCUUGAAUCAAGAGCCAUGUGCUGUUUGAUGGCCAUUAGGUUAGUGUCACAAGUGACCAGCAGAAGCGUUUGCAGAGUGAAAUGACUUUAUAUAAGGUUCUUACACAGUGGAGUUUCAUUGUCCUGCAUUUUGUCAAACUUUGUACAAGUAGGAUUUGUACUUAAAUUCUUCCCUGCUCUUCAUUACCUGCACUAUCACUAUCACCUGUAAGGACGUUCUAUAUAUCACUUUUGCAAAUGAAUGUACAUUUCUUGUCAACAUUCUUGCUGAAAAUGUAUGGCUUCCCACAGCCAGAGAUGUCUUCAUCUAGUUUGAUAUAAGAAAAUCUGUCUGGCUCUUUCCACUCAUGAGAACAUUUCCUCUCUAUGUGUCCCCUAACCUGCUUCUCCUGAGAAUAAAUAUGCAAUAUAAAACAA